GAACGAGAUGAUUGCAGUACCAACUGAUAAAGGUAGUAAUCAUUAUUGGAUUCUCUCGGGCGCCCACCUGGUCGAGGCGAUAUACGACGCCUGUUCAGAAGAUCCUACUAACAAGCAAGUGAGGGCGUCCAUCAAGGGCGGAGUGAAGGCGUCAGUCUUGGACUACAGGACGCCAGCGGAUAUUCUAGAACACUUCAAAGAAGAUGGCAACGCACUCAAUCACAUGUCUGGUCAGAUUGCGUGGACCGAGAUUAUCGCCGACUGCCCCCGCAUCCAAGACAAGUGGAAGGCCGAUCGGAAAGUCACAGUGGGCGGCCAGGCCGAGUCUGACGAUGCAGAUGUCCCUUGUGAACAGGACGAUGAUCAACAUGCCAAGCGCGGCAAGAAAAAGUUUGAUAACAAGCAGUAUGAGAAUGACUACUCCACGUUCCUGUCCAAGCAUUUCCCUGGCUACUUCCCGAGAGGCUUCAACCAGUUUGACAUGUGCAGGCGUUGCUCCAACAAACUGAAGGACCAUCCUGAUCUAUGGAAUGAGCUUCGCCAUUACUGCGACCAGCACUGCGUGUACUCGGAGCCCAAGUUGAUCAACGCGGAUGUCUGGUACCUGCUCGACAAACUCAUGGGCAAGCUCGAGGAUCAUGGGCUGUGGGACUACUUGGUUACCAUAUUCAAGUAUUGCAUUCCGACGAACGAUGGGACGGCGUGGCUUGUGAAAGAGAGGAAGGAUUGGGGCAAGCUUCUCGCUUUGUUUGUUCCGAUGUCCACUGGGGCAGCAAAGCCAGGCGACAAGAUCAAGGUUGCCAAGCUUGCAGAGAAGGCUGCUCAGAAGAAAACAUUCAAGCUCAAGGUGCUCUCGAAGAAACAAAUGGAAGCCACCAUGACCACGAAAGUCAAAGGUAAAAAGAGUAAGAAGGCCUCCAAAGCUGCCCCUGCGCCCAAGGACAAGAGCGACGCCUUUUCCGAGUAUUGGGUCGGUGGGGGCUCAGGCAACAUUCUUGUAUUGGAAGAGAUCUUGGGCACGAUCGAGUAUGCGGUAGAUGACAUUGUUGAAGAUGCGCAUUGCAACCAAGAUUUCAUGUGGCAGUGCUUGGACUUGGGCAUCGUCUGGGUCUUGCAAGGUGGCACAGUGUUUGUUCCACCACUGGCGGAUCAGCGAAAGAAGAUCGAUGAGUGCACUGACCCAACGAAGAAGGUCCUCUUCAAUGAGAAGACGCUCCCCGACGGCAUCAAGACAGACCAGUUGAAGGAAGCAGUUGGCAUGGUCACACAGGAGUCCCUGAAGAUCUACAGCAACUUCUUCACGCAGAACAGGCUGGAGAAUGUAUCUCGGCAGGUUGCGGCUCGUUCGCCUUUGGUUUUCAAGAUGAGGCAGCCUGCUCUCCAUACCAUGUCUUCAAACUUGCUGGAGCUCGUGACGGGUGCAGACCUGCAGACGGCUGAUGUCACUUCGGUUAUCGACAUGGUGGGAACUGCGGUCUUCCGUUCGUUUCCUGAGGACAUGCUGCAUUUCAUGACGCGUAACUGUCAAGAGGUUGCAAUCGAGACCAACAUCUUCAAUGAGUUUACCAUUGCUAAAGGCGUAUUGGUCAAAAUCACCGACAUCGCGAGCAUGGUGGAGUCCAGGGCAGUUGACCAGUCCGCGUGGGUGUCUGUAUGGACGAAGGUGGUCACUGAUGUGGCGAACUACUUCAAGCUUCCGAAAUCUUCAACCCAGCUUCGUGACAUGAAGCAAGACUGGGCAACACAAUUGGAUGAGGAGUGCAACAAGACCGAGGUGAUUAAUAGAGCAAGGUUGAUGGGCUGGAAGGGCAACGUGAAGGAUUCCAAGCAGGACAUCAUCAAGUACCUUGUUGAAAAGAGGGCCGCUGAUGAGAAUAAGAAGGAGAUGGAGGACGACGAGUCUGGCCGCAAGAAGUUCAUGGAUAUUCUCCUUGAGGUUAUUGGUGGCAGUGGCAGCGGUCCUGAUGCGCCCCCGCCGCAGCCGAUCGGAGAUGCCAAAGUACAAGUAGCUGAUGGGCCCACGCUCGAUAACUUGAACUUCGCACCCGUGAAGGUGAACCCCAAUGCAAUUGAAUACGAUGUCAAGGCACUUGGAGAUUUGUGUACGCUCGAGCUCAUGAAGUUGCGGCACGUCGACGAAGGCAUCUCCAUGAUCAAGCACAGGAUUCAUGCACGACCCGAUGGUGAUUCUAUAUCGUCCAAGAUGUACUGCAACUUCCCAUCUGGUGCUGGUACGACUUUGAAGCUCCACUUCAUUGGGAAAGUUUCUCUCUUGAAAUACGGGGUGCUUCCUUCGAGCAGGUACGUCAUGAAGCUCGGCACGGUGAAGAUCCCCGAGGGUUCUGGCGCAGUGUUCACUGCGUGGGGAACGCCGACGACGGGCAUGACAAAGUCGAUCGAUCCCGAGUUCGUGCCAGCUUGGGGCGUGACCAGGUUGCCGUUGCUCAAUGAGAAGCUUGGCACUGAGAACGUUCCUAGCCUCAAGCUGGCCUUCCAUGAUGUUCAUAUUCCAGCCUGCACUGCAGGCUACAGCACACCAGCCAUCACUCUUUCUGUGCCGUCCCUGGUUGUGAAUGAGCGUAUCUUCGAGAUGGAGAUGGGGCCGUGGACUGAGCUCACCAGGCUCGAGUUCACUGAGGAGAAGCAGGUGAAGGUCGCGGCAGGUGCUGGCGCGAGCUUGCGCAAGCGCACGCUCAAGCUCGGCGACAGCGACGAUGCGCACGCCGAGCAGGUGCUCAAGCUGGCCAAGAGG